CUGUCUUCUCACCUUUCUGCCCCCGAAACCGCCACGCCGCUGCCGCUGUUCAUCGUGCAAAACCUGGACGGCCUGCGCUGGAAAUUCCUCCGCCGCUUCUGGUCGCCUUUGCCAUCGUCGCUGCUGCAACCAGUUCCCUCCGGGACGGCCGGCUACUCGUCGCCGACGACCGGUUCUUGUGGAGGUUGCAGCGGAACGACCCCGGGUGGUUCGUCGGCGAGCAGAGACACGCCCGGGUCUUCACGGAAUUCGCUGGAGACGAAGAAGAAGUACGCCCUGGUGGUGAGCACAGAGAACAUAACCCGCAACUGGUACUUCGGCAACCACCGGCCGAUGCUCCUGACCAACUGCCUCUUCCGCAUCGGAGCCGCCGCCGUCCUCCUCACCAACCGCCCUUCCGACCGCCGCCGGUCCAAGUACCCGCUCCGCCACACCGUGCGCACCCACAGCCCAAGAUUCAUCUUCCUCCCGUCGCUCUCUUCUUCCAAAUUCAUUGAAAGAAGAAAGGCCAAUAUAUGA